AUGCCUAAGCUAAACAUUGGUAAAAAAGUCUCUAAUAUUGGCUCCGGCCAAAGUUCAAAAGUAGAACUAUAUUAUAAUGCUACCAGUCGCAAGUUCUAUACCGUCAAAGUCAUGAAUCGCGAGAUUAACCAGACUUUCAAUGACUAUAAAGAUAAAUGCUUAAAAGAAUACCAAAUCAGUCAACAUCUACAUUCGAGGUCUAAAUCGUCUCCUACUUCUGCUGAAUUUCUUGCCGAGAUCCUCGAUUGCAAAAUCGGGAUUCUUUCUAGGAAAGCGUCAUUGAUCAUGGAAUACUACCCCAUCACUCUUUCAGAUUACCUAAAGACCUCCCCGUCAACCAUGGCGAAGCUGGUAUUAUUUAAACAAUUGGCAUUUGGGGUGAAUCAUCUACAUAGCUCUGGAGUGUCGCAUCGUGAUCUCAAAAUCGAUAAUGUGUGCUUGGAUGUCCAUGGGACAAUCAAAAUUAUUGAUUUCGGCACCUGUGUUGUCAACGAUAGUGAGCAGCCGUCAACGGGGAUUUACGGUACUGACCCUUUCAUUAGCCCCGAGGCCAAUGGAUCAUUAACAUACUAUGGGACUAAGAAUGACCUCUGGUCGUUGGGAAUAAUAUUGUAUAUCUUGUUGAACAAUGAGUCCCGAAACACAAUUGUCACACAUUCAUCAUCAUCAUUAUCGGCGAACGAUCAGAUUACCAGGGAAUUAAACAUCAAGGGUAGUAAUGUUUAUAAUCAGGCGAUUAUUUAUCCAUGGGACUCAACGUCACCAAGGGAUUUGAAGUUUCUUGCAUAUCAGCUCCACGAGCUACAAGUGGAGCAUGAACAGAAGAGACAUGAAACAACCACCUCCCCACUUCUCGAGGAAAUAGACUCGAUUUUGAAUGAUAAUCAGCCACUACCCCAAGAAAUCAGAGACUACAGAUCGAUAACCGAGGAUGAUUGCACUUAUAAACUUUUGAAUUUGAAAAAUCGUGAAAAACUCACACCUUGUCCAAUAGAAAUUGGCAUUUAUCGCCUUUGGCGUAACUUAACUGAAAGAAGAAGUUGGAAAACAUUAUCAAGACUUUUAAAAAUUGAUCUGGCACUACGGGGAACCAUCGUUGAUGUGGUAAAUGAUGAUUGGAUUUUAGAGAUUGACGAUGCUCUUGAUAUCAAACAUGGAAAGAAGUAUGAUAAAAUGGUCCUUCAAAAACUAACCAAGUAUUCAACUAGAAAAUAG